UUUGUAAGCAGACGCUUAACCUAAAAUUAUUUCUCAAGAUCAAAAUUUCACUUUUUUUCGAAUAAAUUAUUAUAAAUUAUACAGUAGAUCAACACGAUAAAAUAUAUUAAUUUUUUAGUUUCAUAAUAGAUUUUCUUCGCAUUUUUUGUUUGUGAAUGAUUUAUUGGAAUUCAAGUGUUAUUGCCAGUAGUGUACGAUAUAAAAAUAGUGAAUCAUCUCCAAAGGAUUCCGUAUUCUUAUAAAGUUUGGAGAAAUUAAUUAAACGGAAUUUUUUCUGUUUAAUUAUUGCUGUUCUCGCAGAUUAUGAUCACGUGUGUACCAAUAGUGGCUUAGGAAAAAAAUACAUCAAGGUCACCUAGUCAUUUUAUCUAUUGAAAAAAUAGGCCGAGAUUAAAUCAUAUAAUAAAGAAAUACGACUGUUUUUUAACAGUUCAGCUUUGACGAAUUUAUUAAGAAAUUACAUUAAUGACGUCAAUAUUUUACGUAGAUAUUUGAUAUCCAUCAAUUUUUAUGGCACCAUACGAGAAAAAUAAAAAUUGAAUACAAUGCCGUCUAGAAAAAGAAAAAACCAUAAGAAAAAAAUAUGUGGAAAUUUAGAUGAUGAAGAUAAGUUAACAACAUGCUUUAUAUGCUGUGUUCAAGAAAAAUGGCAAGAACAUAAAGAAAAACCAGAGCAUAAAUCUAAACUACACCUUUUCGAGGAUUCCUUCAAAGACAUUUCAGAAGAAAAUGUUAGAUGUAAACUUUGUAAGAGCUUAGUUUCUAAACUUGCAUUCCAAAAACAUGCGAGUAAAAAACAUAAAUUGAUUCCAUGGUACAGACCAGAAAAUGAAUUCACUACGUUCUUUAAAAAUAGUAUCACUAAUAUUGGCGACGAAUAUCGUUGCCAUUCAUGUGAAGAAACACAUUAUUAUUGGUAUGAGUCAAUUAAACAUACAGAAGAAACAUCUCACUCAAAAAAUUGGCAGAAAUUUACAAGACUGAAUGAUUUAAAUACUAAUGAGUUGACUGAAAAAAUUAGUCAGCAAUUUGUUACUAAUGGGAUUAUUUUGUUAAGUUAUACACAAUUACAAUGCUGGAUAUGUGAUUGUGUUAUUGUUGGACAUGAAAAUGCUAGUAAACAUAUUAUCAAUGAAACUCAUCAAAAUAAUUUAUUGAAGAAAAAAGAGCUCAUGUCAGGAACAUGUAGCACAGUGUCUUCAACUGUUAAUGUUGCAGAAGAUCAUUUCCCAACAUACUUUAAAAAUUUUAUUAUUAAACGUCAUAAUGAUUAUUUCUGUAAUUUAUGUGACAAGAAUUAUUUAUUAUUAUGUUCGGUGAUGAAUCAUAUUGAAGAUCUGGAACAUAAGGAAUUAUUGUCACAAAAAAGAUUAUCACUUAGUAUUGGUAGCGCUCCAUGUAAGCCAAAUAUCUGCGAAGUGCUCGUAAAAAAUAAUAUUUUUCAAUCCAAUAGUCAGCAACUAGAAUGUUACUCAUGCAGUUUUAUUAUUUCAUCAUACAGUACACUUGAAGAUCAUAUUAACAGUCAAAAUCACAAAAUUAAUUUGGGAUUCGUUUCUGCGACUAACAUAUCUCUCUCUUUACAAAUAAAUGAUACUGUAUUAAUUAACGAAAAUGAUGAUACAAUGAAACAGUUAGUGCAAUCCUCUGAAUCGAAGGAAGACUUUUCUAAAGACUUGGACAAUUUUAUUCGGAAAAAUCAAUAUGGUUAUUAUUGUUACUUGUGUAAUAUUCAAUUUUCAACAUCUUCUGACACGAUGAUGCAUUUAAAUCAUCAAGAACACAUCGAUUUAAUGGCAGUCAAUGAAAUAAGUCAAGUAAUUGUGAAUCCAGCUUCACCAAAUUAUUAUCCAGAAAAUCAUGUUAUGUGUAAACUGUGCAAUAUAAAUAUUCCUAAAAAUUCUGUUGUCGAACAUGCGAUUAAUAACCAUCAAUCAAUACCAUGGUUUAAGCCGGACAAUGAAUUUAUUACAUACUUUAAAAAUUUUAUCACGCCGAAGAAUGAUUAUUAUUGUUAUAUAUGCAAUAAGUCAAAUAAACGGUGGUAUCUUGCAUUAGAGCACGUUAAGAGUUUUAAACACUCUGACUGUAUUAAAAUGUUUAUCAAUGAUAGCGAUAUCAAUGAAGCUGCUUUGCCAUUGAAGGAGUGUGAAAAAUAUGCCAAUAAUAGUAUUUUUCCAUUUACAUUUACACAGUUACGGUGCUGGAAAUGUAAUUAUAUUAUUGAUGGAUACGAGAACGCAGAAAAACAUAUUAGUAGUGAUGAACAUGAAAAAAUUUUAAAAAACAUUUCUGCAAAUGAAGUACCUGAAGAAAUAGUUAUUAAUGAUUCCCAUGUGAUUCUCCAAAAACCAGACUUUAAUAAUUUUACUGAUGAUGAUGAUAAAUCCAGUAUUUGUAAAAUAAAAACUAAUAACUCUACGGACCAAUUUAAUUUAAGUGAUAGUUUGGAAAAAAGUAUUGAUGUCAAUGAAUCUAAAGUAUCUACAAGCUUAGGCUAUGCCUCUGCAAAUACUGAAAGUGCAAUUAAUAAUAACAGUAGUGACAUUAAUAUUAAUUUAUUGUCUAGUACAUUACAGGACUUGAGCAUCAAUAAAAUCUCAGAUAAAAUUAUUUCAAAUGAAAACCAAGACCAUGUAAACGCAGCUAUUGCAAUAAAACAAAAUAAUUGUGUACCUGAUAAAAAAUCGUUGCCUGAAUUAGAAGAUAUUUAUGUUAAAUACUUUGAAAAUUGUAUUUUUACAUGGAGCAAUAGAUAUUAUUGUAGUUUAUGCCAAGUUUGCCUUUUAACGGAAAAAAUGACUGCAGAACAUAUGAAGGAACCUUUUCAUGAAAAUCAAUUGGAUUUAAGAAGAAAAUAUAUUAGUUCUGGUGAUGGGCUGCCUUAUUUACCUAAUAGUUACGAAAAACUUGUGAGAAAUAAUAUUUUUUACAAAAAUUCUUCUUCGUUAUUUUGCUUCUCAUGUCAAUGCGACCUAGGGAAGUAUAAAAAUGCUGAAGAUCACAUUAAAGAUGAAAAUCAUUUAUCUAGUUUUACAAAUGCUUUUAAUUUCACUGACGGAACCUCUACUGAAAACGUUGAUGUAUUAAUGCAACCAACAUUAUCACCAUUACCUGAAUCAAAAGAUCACUUUGUAAUGUACUUUAAUAAUUUUAUCGAGAAACGCCGUGAUGGUUACGGCUGUCAUUUAUGCCAAAUUCAAUUUAUUUAUUUAUUUGAUGUGGGUGCUCACAUAAAUAGUAAAAACCACCAAAAACUUAUGAACCGUACGAAAAAGUCAGCCAGACCAAUUGAAUGUGGAUUAGAUCUUUAUGAACUUUGUGUUAGAAAUGGAGUUUUUCAAAAAUAUGCUGAUUAUUUAGAGUGCUUUACGUGUGGAUAUUCUAUUGGAAUCAAUCUUGUUGAAGCACAUAUUGGUAAUAAAAAACAUAAACACAAACUUCCAUCUUCAAUUUCAACAUUUAAGACGCUGUCACAAUCGGAAAUCACUGCUAACAACAAUCCAAUAUUCGAUACUAAGAUUUCUGAAUUUGGCAGUGAAGAUACUUCUAAUGAUGAAGUAAAAAACGAUUUAGAAGAAUUGUAUCUUAAAUGCUUCGAAAAUUAUAUUCUAGUGCGUUACCACAAUUACUUUUGUAAUUUAUGUGAAACAGAUCUUUCUACGCCAUCUUCUGUGUUAUCUCAUAUACAUGAUUCUGAUCAUCAGAAUUUGUGGAUGGAAAAAAGAAGAAAUCAAGAUGCUGUUGAAAACAAAGUUUUAUAUAUACCGAAUUUGAUUGAGAUACUUGUCAGAAAUAAUAUUUUCUUGAUUCACAAUUCAACGUUGAAGUGCGUAUCAUGUGAAUGUACUAUAUCAACGUACAUUUGUGCUGAGCAGCAUGUUAAUGGUUAUCAACACAAAGCUAAUCAUGCAACUGUUCUUGAGAACAAAAAUGAAUCGGUUUCAGACCUUUUGCUCGACUCACGAGAGGACUUUGCAACAUACUUAAUUAAUUUUAUUGAAAAACGUCGUAUAGAUUAUUACUGCCAUUUAUGUUGCGUUGACUUGUCACCGUCUGCAGUUAUGACACAUGUAAAAGAUAAUAAUCAUCACGGUCUCGUCAAAUAUAAAAAACUAACUUCGGAUUUUAAAAGUCAAUAUUAUCUGUAUCUCUUAGAAAUGUGCGUAAGAAACAGUUUGUUUCAAGUUAAUUCCAUCGAAUUAAAGUGUUUUAAAUGUCAAGUAUUUUUUAAGUUAACUUCAAGUAACAUUGAAGAACAUGUACACAGUGAGGAGCACGAAACUAAAUCUCAGGACGACUGUACGGAAAAGUCUGCGGUAUCAACGAUUGCCAAUCAAGUAAUCGGAAGUGAUUUAUAUCCAAGGAUAUUCAACUUUUCCAAUCUAUCUGCUCCAUCCGAAGUGAAUGAUUUGAUAUCUAAAUGUUAUAAUAAUUAUAUCUAUUACCAUGCCGAUGAUUAUUUCUGCAAUUUAUGUAAUUUAACAUUGUCAUCACUACAAAUAACAGCACACUUGGAAUAUCCAGAUCAUCAAAUUCUUGUGAGACAGAAAAAAAUAGGGAAAAAAAUUAUGCCCAUGCCGGCAUAUAUGUCGGAUAUUCAUGAAGUAUUCAUUCGAAACAAUAUCUUCCAAAUUGACUCAAAUUCGCUGUAUUGCUUCACUUGCGAUUGCCCUGUUUACUUGUCUGAAAAACAUGUUGACACUGAAGAACAUAAAGAUAAUUUGAAAAGUUUUACUCUCAAAGUUUUUGAAUCAACUUUGAUUUCAGAUAAUAUAAGAUUAAAUGAAUCAGAGAAUGAUUAUAAACAAUACUUUGAAAAUUUCAUUUUUAAAGAUCGCUUAGAUUACUUUUGUUACGCGUGUUUAAAAAGUUUGAAAACUUCCUUAUUAGUUAAUAUUCAUAUAAACGAUGAAACUCAUAAAAGUAAUGUGAUAGAAAAAAAACAGGAUAUGAAUAUUAUGAUUGAUAUUCCGCAAAUGUCUAAUGUUUAUCAAAAACUUGUGAGAAAUAAUAUUGUUGCACAUAAAUCUCAAAAUAUGAAAUGCUAUUCAUGCCAUUACGUUCUCCCAAGCAUUAUAGAUGUAGAGUUACACAUUGAAAGUAAAUUUCAUCAACAGAAACAUGGACCUGUCAUAAUUGAGCCAUCCGGAAAACAAGAUACUUUAUGGACGGAUCAAUCAAUAUCAGACAGCAGUAAAGUUUUAAAUAUUUCUCAAACUAACACUAAGACUCUAAUUUCCCUACGAGCACCAGUUGUCGAGUUAAAAGAGAGUAAAAUAACUUCAAGGAAUGUGUUGACUCGGGAUGUGUUUUAUUACAACGAUGCGAAAAAAAGUGUGGUAUAUUGUAUUGUUUGUUCUCAGAAACUAGAAUCUCGAGUGUAUUUACAUGUCCAUUUAACAGGUCAUUUUUGGCAAUUAUUUACUAAUAAGAACACCAGAGAUUUAAUGGAGCUCACCAACAUCAACAGCGGGGUCAAAAUGAUUGUUAAUAAUGAAGAAAGUUUUGUUGUAAGACCUGUUCUAUAUGAUCCAAUGUUACAAAAAAGAAAAACUUUUCUUAAAUAUCAAUCAAAGUUACCAAAUAAUGACAGUUCAAAUAAAAAUGCUGCUGUACCUCAACAAUUAUACUUAAAUGCAAAGGAUAACGAAAUUUUUAGAGAUGAAAUUGGGAAAGAAGGGCUAAAAGACGAUAAUGAUUUGAGUCUUAUCGAUAUUGAUGAAGAUGAAACACCGAAAAAAAUUGAUAUUUACGCAAUUGAUCAGGAAUUACAAUAUAUCAAUCAGUUAAGUUUGAAUCGAAUUUGUAUCAUUAACGAAGACAAAAUUUAUUGCAUGAUUUGCCGAAAAAGUAUUGCAUACUCAGUGCGAAUCGUGUAUGAACAUUUUCGUAGCAUUGAACACUCAUUUUUUUUAAUGCAAAUGAUCCAGGAUCACAUUAAGUUCCAAGAUGUUCCAGAUGAAUUGAGUGAUCUGAGUUUAGCUCGAGAGUUUAUGGAAGACAAAAAUUAUCGGCAUGUUGUUUGCCACGUUUGUGAUCUUACAGAUCAUAGAGUUGUUCCAAACACCAACGAAGCUUUGAAGGAUCAUAUCAAUCAAUACAAACAUCUGAAAAGUAAAUGCAAAUUGAAUAGCGAUUUGCAACAAUUCAAGACCGAUUUUCAUGCAAGAUUAGAACGUAGUUGGUCGAAUACACAAAGGUAUUGGUGUGUGAUUUGCAGCGAGCAAUUUAAGUAUGAAAAAAAAUUUUAUAAACAUUUAAGUUCAAAACAUCAUCACAAAAGGUGCGAAAAAUAUGUAGCAUAUGAGGAUUUUGUAUGUGAUUUCUGUCCUCCGUGCGGGUUGCUUUUCUAUGGCUUUAAAAAUACUUUAACUUAUCACUCGGAUUGUCAAUUUCAUCAGUAUUAUGCAGAUAGACCGUUUUACUCUAUAACACGGCUGCCAACUGCUGUUGAAGAUCUACUGGCUAAUACAGAGAAAAUGAUGGCUUCGAAAAUUGAAGAAUUAGAUUUGGUAAAGAUUUUGAUGGAACACGAAGAAAAAUCUUUGAUAGAUGAUCUCAAGUAUACUAUAAACAAUUUUAUGAAAGCUGAAGUUUAUCCGCUUGGUUCGAGAGUUUCGGGAAUUGGGUCUACAAGCAGUGAUUUUGAUUUAUUCGUUGAUUGUAAUAAUUUAUACUAUAAAGGGACUAUUGAGACUGAUACGUCGGAGCUCUUGAAAGAAGUAGAGCACGCUUUAAAACAGAACGAAGAUAUUUGGACAAUCAAACGAACAGUUUUGGAUUGUAGAAUCCCAAUCAUUACUAUUACUCAUCAACUUACAAGUAUUGAUUGCGAUUUAUCUUUCAUUAAUGGACUUUCCGUUGAAAGUUCAAAGUUAGUUAAGUCCUACAUUGAUAAAUUCCCAUUGUGCAGACAACUAAUUUUAUUUGUAAAAGACUGGAUAAAUAUAAGUAAUCUUGGUGGUGAAGAUGGAAUUUGCAGUUACGCAAUUGCUUGGAUGAUGAUAUAUUAUUUACAAACAAAGUUUAUUUUACCAAAUGUUGCAGCAUUGAUAAUAGCCAAAGGAAAGUCACAAUUGAUUGGUGGUUGGGAGACUGGAGCUUCCACAGAUUUUUCUAUAGCCGAUAGUGAUUAUAACUUUAAAGAUUUGUUGAAAGGGUUUUUCAUUAUGUGUGCAGGUUUUGAUUAUAAGAAUAAUAUUAUUUGUCCUUUAUUAGGUCGUCCAGUUAGAAAAUUAGACAUCGUUAAGCCGGAAAAAUUAACAAAUUUGCCUGAUGAAAUGAAACUAUACAAAACUUUUGUAACUAAAAAUAAAAAAGCUCAACGAUUUAGUUUAGAUUCAGUGAUGGCAGUUCAAGAUCCGUAUGAUUUUAGUAAUAAUUUAACAAAAGCCGUUAAGAAAUCUACGAUGUAUCGAUUUAAAACUUAUUGCUCAUUGAGCGGUGAAAAAUUAGCUAAUUAAUGAAUUUACAUUUUUUGAAAUCUUUAAUAAUAUUUUAGUCCAAAUAGAACUGAUUUAAUUAAUUAAUAUUCAAGAUUAGUAAUGUAAAAAACUUUGUUAUUUAUCAAUUACUCUAGUGCCUUAAACUAGAAAGAAAUAAUUAUACUAUAACUAUUUAUAAUUUUUUAUUUGAUGAUUUCAUACCUAUUUAUAAAUAAAGUUAUUAUUGA